GCCAAGGAGAAUGAGAGGGAGGGAUUAACUGUGAUUGAGCUUCGGCACUGGCAAACCGAAAACGGAUCAACCAAACACCAGCUGUAGGCGACCGAAACCGGGACACGAACCGACUGCCCUGGCUCGUUAGUCGCGCUGUAUUGAACUGCGCCGGAGGUCUGUUUUGUGUAGGGAUGAACUCGGAAUGAAUGUAAACCAGCAAGCGCAUAUGACCUCACCGUACAGGCAGCCACAGCCCACCCUACAGGGGUACGCCCAGCCUGGCUAUGGGGGACCCCCCACGCAGUACACCCCUUACAACAGUCCCAAUCCGGGGUACCAGCAGGGACCAGCUCCAGCAGGUUAUUCUCCUUACUCAAGCUUGUCCUCUAAGGCUUUUCCUGCUACUCUUGCUUCUGACCUCUCCUGUAACUCCUCCUCUCCUCUUGAUCUAGGUCCAGUGCGACCCACACCUAACUCUGUGGGCCCCCCUAUGUCGGCCCCCCAGGGGUACAGCCAGUUCACACAGGGAGAUGUGCAAAAUGGCCCCCCGACCAUGAGCAGCCAGCCUCACAGGCCCCCUGUCUCUCAGUCCUACCUCCCAGGUAGCCAGCCAGCCUACCAGCAAUAUGGAGUCCCGCCCACCAACAUGCAACAGAUGACCAAUCAGAUGUCGGGGAUGCACGUUUCAGGCCCUCCCCCCGCAGUGUCCGGCUAUGCACCCCACUCUUCUAAUUCUCAGACCUCCGUCAGUUUCUCUGGCACUCCCUCCUUCCCUCCCCACUCCGUAUCCUCACAGCAAAACUCCCCAGCAGCCAGCCUGACACAUGGCCAGCCUCCUUCACAGUCCCCCUUCCCAGGCGCCCCACCUCCUGUCUCACAGCCCCAAUAUUCUUCAGUCCCUCCAGCCUCUUCACAGCCCCAUUACCCAGGGGCCCAACCUCCACCUGCCUCCCAGGGUCAGUUCCCUGUGGGCCCCCCAUCUCCCUCCCAGGCCUCCCCAUUCCACACACCCCUUUCCAACUUUGUCCCCCAUGCAGGCCCUGGGGUGCAGCCAGUGCAGGCCCCACCUCACUCCCAGUACCUCUCUGGGCCCCCUCUCCCUCGCCAGCCCAUGCAGGGGCCCCCGCUCUCCCAGCAGAACCACGUGGCCCCUGGGAUGCAGCGCCUCCCAGGUCAGGCGGCGCCCCCAGGACAGGGGCAGGGCGUCCAGCCUCAGCAGAAUGGUGCAUUUGGACAAAUGAGCAGGCCACAGCCUGGCUAUGGGGGUUCCUACCCGGGCCCCCAAAACUACGGGGCACAGCCCCCUCCUCCCGCAGCGCCCCCGCAGAAACGGCUCGACCCAGAUUCCAUUCCUAGCCCACAAGUCAGUGAGCUGCCUGCUGUGCAGAAAACAAGACAUAGAAUAGACCCAGACGCGAUCCCCAGCCCAAUCCAGGUGAUCGAGGACGACCAGGCGAACCGAAGCAGUGAGCCGUUCACAACAGAGGUCAGAGGUCAGGCACCACCGCUUGUCACAACCAACUUCCAGGUCAAAGAUCAAGGGAAUGCGAGCCCGAGCUAUAUAAGGUGCACAGCCUACAACUUCCCCUGCACCUCGGACAUGGCGAAGCAGUCUCAGGUUCCUCUGGCUGCAGUCAUCAAGCCCUUGGCGACUCUGCCCCUAGACGAGGCUCCCCCAUACAUUGUAGAUCACGGAGAGUCAGGGCCAAUCCGCUGUAACCGGUGUAAAGCCUACAUGUGUCCCUUCAUGCAGUUCAUCGAGGGGGGCCGGCGCUUUCAGUGUGGCUUCUGCAGCUGUGUGACCGAGGUGCCUCCCCAUUACUUUCAGCACCUGGACCACACUGGAAAGCGAGUGGACUGCUACGACCGGCCGGAGCUCUCCAUGGGGACAUGCGAGUUCACAGCAACUGUGGACUACUGCAAGAACAACAAGAUCCCACAGCCCCCAGCAUUCAUCUUCCUGAUCGACGUCUCGUACAAUGCGGUGAAGAGCGGGCUGGUCGACCUCAUCUGUGCGGAGCUGAAGACUCUGCUGGAUUACCUGCCCAGGGAGAGCAGCGAGGAGGACUCGUGUAUCCGGGUGGGCUUUGUCACCUAUAACAAGGUUCUGCACUUCUACAAUGUCAAGAGCUCGCUGGCGCAGCCCCAGAUGAUGGUGGUCUCAGAUGUAGCGGAUAUGUUCGUCCCCCUGCUGGACGGAUUCCUGGUCGAUGUGAACGAGUCGCGUGCCGUCAUCAACAGUUUGCUGGAUCAGAUCCCAGAGAUGUUUGCUGACACAAGGGAGACGGAGACGGUGUUUGCCCCAGUGAUUCAGGCUGGCUUGGAGGCCCUGAAGGCUGCGGACUGUGCAGGAAAGCUCUUUAUUUUCCACUCAUCGCUCCCCAUUGCAGAAGCUCCGGGGAAACUAAAGAACCGGGAGGACAAGAAAUUGGUCGGCACAGACAAAGAGAAGACCCUCUUCCAGCCCCAGACCAGUUUCUUUGGCAACCUGGCAAAGGAGUGCGUGGCACAGGGCUGCUGCGUGGACCUCUUCCUCUUUCCCAACCAGUAUGUGGAUGUGGCGACACUGGGAGUGGUUCCCUCCCAGACCGGGGGCUCCGUGUACAAGUACACCUACUUCCAGGUGCCUUCAGACGGGGAUCGCUUCCUCAAUGACCUGCGCAGGGAUGUACAGAAACAGGUCGGGUUCGACGCAGUCAUGAGGGUGCGAACCAGUACAGGGAUCCGUGCGACGGACUUUUUCGGCGCUUUCUACAUGAGCAACACGACGGACGUGGAGCUGGCUGGGCUGGACUGUGACAAGGCCGUGACGGUGGAGUUCAGACACGAUGACAAGCUGAGUGAGGAGAGUGGUGCACUCAUGCAGUGCGCAGUGCUGUACACCAGCUGCAGUGGUCAGAGGAGGCUGCGGGUUCACAACCUCUCUGUGAACUGCUGCACCCAGCUGGCCGACCUCUACAGGAACUGUGAUACCGACACGCUCAUCAACUUCUUCGCCAAAUACGCCUGCCGCAGCAUACUCAGCUCCCCCACUAAGACAGUGAGAGACACCCUCAUCAACCAGAGCGCUCACAUCCUAUCCUGCUACCGCAAGAACUGCGCCAGCCCCUCCUCCGCCGGACAGCUCAUCCUGCCCGAGUGCAUGAAACUCCUCCCAGUCUACCUGAACUGCGUGCUGAAGAGCGAUAUGUUGCAGCCCAGCGCUGACAUCUCCCUCGAUGACAGAGCCUACCUGCGCCAGCUCGUCACCUCCAUGGAUGUGGCAGAGAGCCACGUUUUCUUCUACCCGCGCCUGCUGCCUCUGCAGAAGCUGGAUGUGGAGGGUGACUCUCUACCCACGGCUGUGCGGGCCUCUGAGGAGCGGCUUUCGAAAGGGGGGCUGUACCUCCUUGAGAACGGGUUGCAUCUCUUCUUGUGGGUCGGGGCCAAUGUGCAGCAAGAGUUGCUUCAGAGCGUCUUCAACACCCCGUCCUUCGGGCAGAUUGACCCCAGCAUGACGAACCUGCCGGUGCUGAAUAACCCGUACUCACAGAGACUGCGGGCCAUCAUAGAGUCCUUCCGGGUUCAGAGACCGCGAUACAUGAAGCUGAUGGUGGUGAAACAGGAUGACAAGCUGGAGCUGAUCUUCAAGCACUUCCUGGUGGAGGACAAGAGCGCGAGCGGCGGCGCUUCCUACGUCGACUUCCUGUGUCACAUGCACAAGGAGAUCCGGCAACUGCUGAGCUAGGAGCCGAGCGCGAGGGCAAGCAGAAUCACCCCCCAACCCACGCCCCACCCCCAAACUAAUCGCACACAGACUCUAGUGCUGCUUCUUUAAUAGUUCCUUUUCAUUCUUUUUUUUUUUUUUUUUUUUUUUUUUUUUUUUU